UGUGGCUUGUUCAAAGUAGUCUCGGGGCAGGCAGUUUCUUCUGUGCAGAGCUCCACCUCUGCACUCAGUGCUCCUGGGUUGCUAGGGCAGAGAGGGCGUGGUAGGAGGGAGGUAGUCUUGUCACGCCCUCCCGCCCGCCGCUCUAAGCUGGUCCCAGUAAUUGGUCUCAUUAGUAACCUGACCGGAGCCAUCCAGCUGUGCGGAUUCGAGAGCACUGUCAUCCGCUUAGCGCCGUCGCACCACCCGCGCUCCCUCCCUCCCGCCACUGCCACUGCCACCGUCACCCACAACGUCGCCUCUGCUCUCCUACCGAGCUCAGGGCAUGCUCCGAGGUCCAGCACCCGGCCUCGGCAGUGGCCAGGCUUUCGACCCUUCCGCGGAGACAUGAGGCGUGGCCCACAGGCCGCCCUGGUCCUGGGGCUGCUGCGCAUUUACCUAGCCCAGGCCAACUUUGCCCCUCACUUCUUUGACAAUGGAGUGGGCAGCACCAACGGAAACAUGGCCCUGUUCAGCCUCCCAGAAGACACUCCUGUAGGUUCUCAUGUGUACACGCUAAAUGGGACUGACCCCGAGGGAGACCCUAUCUCCUACCAUAUCAGCUUUGACCCCAGCACUAGAAGUGUCUUUUCUGUUGACCCCAAUUUUGGAAACAUCACCCUGGUGGAAGAGCUGGACAGAGAGAGAGAGGAUGAGAUAGAAGCCAUCAUCAGCAUCUCCGACGGCCUGAACCUGGUGGCAGAGAAAGUUGUGAUAGUGGUGACAGAUGCCAAUGAUGAAGCACCCAGGUUCCUCCAGGAGCCUUACAACAUCCUGGUUCCAGAGAACACGCCUGCUGGGAGCAGCAUCUUUAAGGUCCAGGCAGAGGACAAGGACACAGGCUCUGGAGGCAGUGUCACCUACUUCCUUCAGAGCCUACACUCCUCCAAGUUCACCGUAGACCGUCACAGCGGGGUGUUGCGACUCCAGGCUGGGGCCACACUGGACUAUGAGAAGUCGAGGGCUCAUUUCAUCACUGUGGUUGCCAAGGAUGGUGGGGGCAGGCUUCGAGGAGCUGAUGUGGUGUUCUCAGCCACCACGACUGUCACCAUCAAUGUGGAAGAUGUUCAGGACACGGCCCCUAUCUUCGUGGGUACACCCUACUAUGGUUAUGUGUACGAAGACACCCUUCCGGGCUCGGAGGUGCUGACGGUGGUUGCCAUAGAUGGAGACCGAGGCAAACCCAACCACAUCCUCUAUAGGCUCUUGAAUGAGAGUGAUGGACUCUUUGAAAUUAAUGAGACAUCUGGAGCCAUCUCCGUCCUUCAGAGCCCUGCCCAGCUCCGAAGAGAGGUGUAUGAGCUUCAUGUACAGGUGACAGAGGUCAACUCUUCAGGAAGCCCAGCUGCUCAGUCCACAGUCCCAGUGAUCAUCAGGAUCGUGGACCUCAAUAACCACCCUCCAACCUUCUAUGGGGAGAGCGGGCCCCAGAACAAGUUUGAACUAUCUAUGUUUGAGCACCCGCCCCAGGGGGAAAUCCUCCGUGGACUCAAGAUCACUGUCAAUGACUCCGACCAGGGAGCCAAUGCCAAAUUCAACUUACGGCUGGUGGGACCCGGAGGCAUCUUUCGAGUGGUGCCACAGACAGUCCUGAAUGAAGCUCAAGUGACCAUCAUAGUGGAAAACUCAGCUGCCAUUGACUUUGAAAAGUCUAAGUCGUUAACCUUCAAGCUCCUGGCCAUUGAAGUGAACACCCCGGAGAAGUUCAGCUCCACAGCAGACAUUGUGAUCCAGCUUCUGGACACCAAUGAUAAUGUUCCCAAGUUCACCUCUCACUACUACAUCGCCAGAAUCCCAGAGAAUGUUCCAGGGGGCUCCAACGUGGUGGCUGUCACAGCUGUGGAUCCAGAUACAGGACCAUGGGGCAAAGUCCAGUAUUCCAUUUAUGGGACCGGAUCAGACCUCUUCUUGAUUCACCCCUCCACCGGGCUCAUCUACACUCAGCCCUGGGCCAGCCUGGAUGCUGAGGGCACUUCGAGGUACAACUUUUAUGUGAAGGCCGAAGACAUGGAUGGGAGGUACAGCCUGGCUGAGGUGUUUGUCACUCUGUUGGAUGUCAAUGACCACUACCCCCAGUUUGUACAGAGCGUCCAGGAGAAGACGAUGGUGCUGGGGACCCCACUGAAAAUUGAGGCCACAGACCAGGAUGCAGAGGAACCAAACAACUUGGUCGACUACUCCAUUACCCGUGCAGAGCCAGUCAACGUGUUUGACAUCGAUGCACACACGGGGGAGAUCAGGAUCAAGAAUUCCAUCCGCUCCUUGGAGGCCCUACACAACAUCACACCCAGCGGGGAAUACUCAUGGUCCCUACAGGUGCAGGCCAAGGACCGAGGCUCUCCAUCUUUCAGCACAACAGCCUUACUCAAGAUCGACAUCACAGACACAGAGAGGCUGUCCAGAAGCUCCAUGGCUGCUUUCCUGAUUCAGACCAAGGACAAUCCCAUGAAGGCCGUGGGUGUACUGGCUGGUGUCAUGGCCAUUGUUGUGGCCAUAACCGUCCUCAUCUCCACAGCCACCUUCUGGCGUAACAAGAAGUCUAACAAGGUCCUGCCUGUGCGGCGUGUGCUCCGUAGAAGGCCCAGCCCUGCACCCCACACAGUUCGAAUAGAAUGGCUCAAAUUCCGGAGGGCCAAGGCUGCUUCCAAGUUUAUACUCAGAGAGGAUCCUCCCAAUGAGAACUGCAAUAACAGCAGAGUGGGAGUCACGGUGCCCCCAAGAGCUCCAGCUCUCCCACCGCCCCCCAAAAUGGCAUCCAGUACAGUGGCCCAACAGACAGUGCCUACUGUCUCUGGAUCCCUUACCCCACAGCCAUCCCAACAGUUACCCACACCCAAACCUCUGGGAGGUCCUGUUCAGUCUUCUUUGGUGUCGGAGCUCAAGCAAAAGUUUGAGAAGAAGAGUUUAGGUAACAAGGCUUAUGUCUAGAGUGCGUCCCAUAAUUUUUCUCUUCCCUUCCCCCAAUACUGACCCUGAAGGUCACCCCUAUUUUGUAUAACGUUGUAACACUGUAUACAGGGCUCUGCAAAGGGCUUUGGGUGAGAGAUGCCUCAGACUGAGUUGGCAAAUACAUACCCACUGUUCAAAUCCUUGGCAUAGCUAUAAUGCUCUCUAUUCUUCAGAGAAUAGAAGCCCACAAGGAGUCAAGUCUGUGUAUUUCUACCCAGCAACCCUACAUCCCACAGUCACUGGAGUCCUUCUGGGGCCUUGUCAUCCUUAGUUGAGAAGUAGGGCCCCUGACCAUGAAUAACAAGACUGGCAAGAAUCUAGAUCUCCAAGCUUCAGCCAACAAGCAGGUCGAAGGAGGCUGGUUCUCAACUAAAGUUGAAAGUCAGUGAGCUUUGUGGGAUGCAGAGACACAAAUACAGGCAAAGAAAAGGACCAAAACGCUCUGAAAGCUGGUGCUGACUGUGUCCAAAGCCAGUGAACGAUAGAAUUAGCAUCCAGAUAAGAGGUGUAAAGUGAGCUCUUCUUAGACUGAGAGCAGAAAUCUCCAGCCUCCCCUGAAGAGACCAGGCAAGGUUGUAGGCGUACAUCACAUUUGAGCUCAGAGAAUGCGUCCAUUUUGAUCCAGCCCUUCUC